AUGCCGGCCGCGGGGCAAAAGCCUUCGAAGGUUGCGGGCUUGAAUACCGCAAUGAUUGAGGACAGAUCGGACGAGGACCUAGCGCUAAUGGCAAAGUAUUGGCGCGGCCUAGCUGACUUUAAAGACCGAGUGGAGAUAGCCAAUGGAAGAGCGUCAAUAGUGUGGGCUGCAAAAUGCAUCCGCACGAGCUUCCUAGCGGCCAUCAAAGCAUACUUCAAAAACAAGCUGAGCGCCGCAAACAGGCUGCAAGUGGAGCGGGAGAUCAAUAUCCUUGAUGAGAAGGCAAGAGCUUUCAAGUACCUCUGUCCUGUGUUAGCCUCCUUUGAGGACACCGCAAACAUGUACUUGGUUCAAGAGUACUGCCAGAAAGGGGACGUCCUACAGAUGCUGGAGGACGCCGGGGGUCGCCUUAAAGAGGAAGAAGCUGCCAAGCUGGUGCUCUUUCCCCUUCUCAGUGCUCUCAAACAUAUACACGCGCUCGGCAUCGUUCACAGGGACAUCAAGCCAGAGAAUCUUUUUGUCGAUGCCGAUGGUCUCGUGAAGCUCGGCGAUUUUGGUCUUGCCAUCAACAAGCACACAGAACGCCUUGUUCACCGGAUUGGUACGCUUGACUACAUGGCCCCCGAGAUCCUCAUGCUGCCAGUCUCUGCUCAGGGAGAAGAGCCCGUAGGCCAGAAGGAGUACGAUGAGCAAGUCGAUGCAUGGGCUUGCGGCAUCCUGACGUACGAGCUGCUCGUUGGAAAGCCGCCAUUCGAGGUCGAGGACGAAGCCGUCACGUGCGCCAUGAUCAUCUGGUCGGAGCUGCCCACCGACCGCUCCGGCUGGCCCGCGCACCUCACCGACGACGCCAUCCACUUCAUCUCCAAGGCUCUGGUCAAGUCGCCGGAGCAGCGCAUGACGGUGGGCGAGAUGCUGGAGCACCCCUGGAUCCGCAGCCACACCGCGCACCUGGACGCGCGUCACCAGCCCGUGUCGGCGACCUCUCCCGUUACCGCCAAGCAUCUCUCGAAGAACCACGCGGUCUCCUUCGACAAGCACAAGACCGGGAACGCCACGGAGAUGACGCAGUCCAUGACGCGCCUGGCGGUGUGA